AUGUUCAAUCGCAGCAAUAUCCCGAAUCCGUUCGGCUCAAGCGGACAACCCUCCCCGCAGGGUCACCCGAACCCCAACCAAGCACCCCCACGGUAUGAUACCGAUCGUUCCCUCUCGUCCGGUGCAGGCUAUGCAGCUCCUAUCCGUGAUGACGAUGUGCCGAUGACUGAUGUAUAUGAUGAUCAAAGGGGUUACGGAGGCCCACCUCCACCAGGAGGAAGACCCCCGCCGCAGCAGAUGCCUUCUAGGAUGCAGUCCGGACAAAGAGGUGGAGGCCAGACUUGGACUCUUCAUCCCAGCAAGAGUCCGAAUGAAAACUACACAUUUGGAAACCUUGUUGCUGUUUCGCCGCAGGACAUCCCACCCUCACGAGAUGGCACCGACGUCCUCCUCCUUAUCAAUGACCUCUUCGUCUUCUCUGCUCGCCCUCUCGAUGGUUUCCCUUCCGGAUUUAUGAGCAUGUCGGACCCUCAGCGAACAUGGGCCAACAUCGGAUUGAGAGAUGCGAUCAAGGUACAGCUGUACGAUCCGUUUAGCCAAGGCGGACAGGCCUACCUGGGUUCCGCGGAUGUUGAAGUCAGCUUCGCAUCUACCAAGAAGCGGGUUGAAGCUCCUUAUGACCAGGAUGAAUUGGCACAAGCGGUGAUCAGGAACUUUGAGAACCAACUAUUCUCGCCUGGCCAGAGAGUUUUGAUGGAUAAUAAGAGUAUCCCGCUCUUACUGCAGGUCAAGACCGUCCAGCGGGUUGAUUUGACAUCAGAGAAGGCCGAUCUCAGUUCUGGACAAGUCGAGACCGAUCCUACGGCCAGGGGUAUUCUUACACGGCACACUCAACUCAACUUUUUUAAGGAUACUCAGACCGGUAUCAACGUGAAGCCAUCUAACCGCCGCCCGGCGGCCAACUCUAUCAUCCAACCGGGCUUCAAGUUCCAGGACAUGGGUAUCGGUGGUUUAGACUCCGAGUUCAGUACGAUCUUCCGUCGUGCUUUCGCCUCUCGCAUUUUCCCUCCUGGUCUGGUUGAGAAACUUGGUAUUCAGCACGUUAAGGGUCUCUUGCUCUAUGGACCUCCAGGAACGGGUAAAACUCUCAUUGCUCGACAAAUCGGAAAGAUGCUUAAUGCUAGAGAGCCAAAGAUUAUCAACGGUCCAGAAGUUCUGAACAAGUACGUGGGUCAGUCGGAAGAAAACAUCCGAAAGAUGUUCGCAGAUGCCGAGAAGGAGUAUAAAGAAAAGGGCGACGAGAGUGGUCUCCAUAUCAUCAUCUUCGAUGAGCUGGAUGCAGUGUGCAAGCAGCGUGGAAGUGGAGCUGGCGGUGGUACUGGUGUCGGCGAUAGCGUGGUCAACCAGCUCCUUUCGAAACUCGAUGGUGUCGACCAACUGAACAACAUCUUGUUGAUCGGUAUGACCAACCGAAUGGACAUGAUUGAUGAAGCUUUGCUGCGUCCCGGUCGUUUGGAGGUGCACAUGGAAAUCUCGCUCCCUGACGAGCAUGGCCGAAGCCAGAUUCUCAACAUCCACACCGAGAAGAUGCGAAACAAUAAUGUCAUGGAUACGGAUGUUGACUUGGCCGAGCUUGCUCAUUUGACCAAGAACUUUUCUGGUGCUGAGAUCGCAGGUUUGGUCAAGUCCGCCUCGUCCUUUGCUUUCUCCCGCCAUGUCAAAGUCGGUACUAUGGCUAGUAUCAAUGAGGACGUGGUAGACAUGAAGGUCAACCGGGCCGACUUCCUCCAGUCUCUUGAUGAAGUCAAGCCUGCCUUUGGUGUUUCCGAGGAAGAGUUGUCCAGCCGCAUCCCAUACGGCGUUAUCCACUAUUCUACGACUAUCAGCGAAAUCCUACGGGAAGGCGAGUUAUUCGUCAAGCAGGUUGGAGUGGCCGAGUCAACUCCAUUGUUCUCUGUGCUGCUUCACGGUCCUCCCAGCAGCGGUAAAACCGCCUUGGCGGCACGGAUUGCUAUUGACUCCGGCUUCCCCUUCAUUAAGUUGAUCAGCCCCGAAGACAUGGUUGGCUUUAGCGAGCCGGCAAAGAUCUCACACAUCAGCCGAAUCUUUGACAGCGCUUACAAGAGUACCACAAGUAUUGUUGUCAUCGACAACAUCGAGCGAAUCAUCGAUUGGGUGCCAAUUGGUCCUCGCUUCAGCAACAGUGUGCUGCAAGCUCUCAUGGUUUUCCUGAGGAAGCAGCCAACUCACGGACGUCGUCUAUUGGUUCUUGCCACGACAACUGAACGUGCCUUGAUGAAGCAGCUGGACAUCUACAAUUCCUUCAACUCGGAUAUCUUGGUUCCCAAUGUUAGUUCCUUCAGUGAACUACGGUUUAUCAUGGAGAAAUCGGGUGCCUUUGAUGCGCAGGAGAUUGCGCAAGCCCUCGAAUCAGUCGGUGGACUUGCGGAUGAUGGGCGCUUGAGCGUCGGCAUCAAGAAGGUACUCUUGGGCAUUGAAACGGCCAAACAGGAUUCUGACAAGGUUGGCCGGUUUGUUCGUGUUAUCAACCGCGCUAUUGAGGAGGAACAGAGUUUCCAGUAA